AUGGGCAACUACUACCAAUUGUCUGGUGUACCUGUGUCGGAGGUGAGGUUGGAUGAACCUCAGAAGAGCAACACCGCAAAAGUCAGUGCGGACCAGGAAGCGGUCGACAAGCUCUCACGUAUCAAGAGCGAAUGCAAGACGCCUGGUGCAAUUACGUUCGUCCGAAGUCGUAUGCUAUACGCGAAAGCGGCCUUAAAUGCCAAAGGUGGUGUGAGGUUUGGGCUACGCCAUAUUCAUAUCCUAAAUCGUUUCCCUGAUCGCGAUGACAAGCAGCAGACGAUACAUGUCAUGAGAUAUAUCUUCCCCCGUCAAUUCGGCUUACACAAUGUCUUCACAUCCAAGGUGGAUCCGCGUGACACCGCUAUGCCUUUCAAGGACUAUACGCUGCGAGAGAAGGAUAUACACAGUAGCAUGUGCCGAGAGCUGGGUAAAAAAGCAACAGACGCUCAAGAAGUAGCCAAAUGGAAGCAACGAACACCCAAAAGGCUCCGAGGUGACAUUAUUAAGUUGGUUGAAAGACUUCGGAUUCGCAACCAGCGAUGUUCAUACAUGGAAAUGCUUCGGCAUUACUGCCCAAUCGAGGGAGUACCUUUAUCAACGAGGCCGGGAUGGAGGAAGAGCGCACUUCAGCCGAAAGCAGAUGUACGGCCAGUCGCAGAGCCAACUAAAUGUGACAAAAAGUGUCAACCUACGGCCGGAGCUCGCACCGUUCAGCAAACCUGUUUCACAGAUCUUGCCUGUCCAGCAGCACACGUCUCGGCCUUUUGUCGCGCAGUCAUAUCUAAGGUUGUACCCGAAGGCUUCUGGGGUAAUGAACAGAACAAACGCACUCUCAUGUAUUGGGUAGACCAAUUCAUAGAUCUUCGAAGAUUCGAGUCCCUUAAUUUGCAUCAGGUCACACAGAACAUACAGAUUACAAACAUAACUUGGUUGCGCCCACCCAGUCAAGAAAAUGACAUGAAGCUGUCCAAAUCGGAUAUAGACAAACGUGGGGAGAUAUUUCUUGAAUUCGUCUACUGGCUCUUUGACUCCUUCCUCGUCCCCCUGGUCCGCACAAAUUUCCAUGUAACUGAGUCCAGCGCACACCGGAAUAGGCUAUUCUACUUCCGCCACGAUGUCUGGCGAAUGCUAACAGAACCUGCUUUGACGGAAUUACGUAUGAAUAUGUUUGAAGAAAUGCCCACGGAAAGCACAGAAAGGUUACUGUCCGCACGCCAACUUGGUUUCAGUAACAUUCGUCUCCUGCCCAAGAAGCAAGGUUUUCGGACUAUAACGAACCUCAAGAGAAGACAGCAGGUGAUGCGGUAUGGGACUAUGACUCUCGGGCGAAGCAUCAACGCGGUAAUGACACCAGCAUUCAAUGCGAUCACCUAUGAGAAGUCACUACGACCAGACAAGUUCGGCUGCUCCCUAUUCUCUGUCGGAGACAUGUUUCCCAAGCUUGCGUCUUUCAAGGCUUCAUUGCGACAACGGGGACUCGGCGACACUCGGCUUUACUUUGCCAAAGUCGAUGUGCAGGCCUGCUUCGAUACCAUACCACAGUCACGCUUAUUGCGUAUGAUCGACAGUCUCAUGUCGAUCCAAGCUUACAACACGGGCAAACAUGUGGAGAUAUCUCCCCUGCCAUCUCUACAACGCCUCGAUGGCAAACACGUAGAUCCGAUGCCUCUAAAGAAGUACAUUCCGCACACUCACGCAGCAACGGACAUGACGCCUUUCAACAAACUCGUGCAAAAUAGACUGGUUGGCACAAAGGCCAACACCAUUUUUAAGACUGGCAUACCCCAAGGUUCCGUCUUGUCGAGCAUCUUAUGCAACUUCUUCUACGCGCAACUAGAACGCGAUGUCCUCGGAUUUCUGCUCGAUGAUGACUCUUUGCUGCUUCGUCUACUUGACGACUUUCUUCUGAUCAGUAUCAACGAAGAGUACGCGCGGCGCUUCGUCUGUGUUAUGCACAAGGGCCAUCCGGAAUAUGGCGUAGUGAUAAAGCCUUCAAAGUCAUUGGCCAACUUUGACGUGAUGACAGAAGAGGGGACCCGAAUCGCUAUCAGCGACUCAGAUGGCAAAUUCCCGUAUUGCGGCAUCUGUAUCGAUACGACGACGCUGGAAGUCAGCAAGAAAACAGAAUGCCCUACAAAAAUCAGUGUCGAGGACUCUUUGACAGUAGAUCUGACCAAAAUGCCCGGCCAAACGUUCCAUCGCAAAGCUCUCAAGUAA